GUGAGCAGAGUGCGAUAAACGUGUCGAUAACACGGGGCACAUGACGCACAAAGAGCGCUCUCUGCAGCGCUAUAAAAGAGAGCAGCGGGGCAGCGAUCCGCUACACAGCAGCACGAACACCGAGCAGAGCAGUUAAUUCGUCGUUUUCCUGUGUGUAUUUGCUGGCUCAGUUCAACGUGCAGCAAUCAUGAAGGUCCUCGCGCUCGUUUUGGCUCUUGCCGUCAUCUCCGGGACUCACGCCCGCGCCGUUCCCAAAAGCGAACUGCAGGGAAAGUGGGAGGAGAGCGUGGACAAGUUCUGGGAAUACGUGAAUAAGGUGGCAACCACGGCCGACGAUUUCGUGGAUCAAAUCAAGGGAUCCCAAGUCAGCAAGGAACUCGACGGGCUCAUCACAGACACCAUGGGUGAGCUCAACAUCUACGCUGACGACCUCCAAAACAAGCUGGCCCCCUUCACCCAGGACGCUGCCGCCAAGUUCGGCCGCGACGUGGGAGCGCUGAGGGGCAAGCUCCAGGGGGACAUGGACGAGGUGAAGGGGAAGAUGGCGCAGUACGCGGAGGAGCUGAGGCUCAUGGUGGGUCAGAACGCGGAGGAGGUGCGCUCCCGGAUCAGCAUGUACACACGCAAGCUGAAGAAGAGGCUCAACAAGGACACCGAGGAGCUGCACAGGAAGCUGAGCACCUACACGGAGGAGCUCCGCUCCAAGACCAGCCAGAACCUGGAGGCGGUGCGCGAGAAGUUGGAACCCUACACCGGAAACAUCCGCGAGAGCACCCAGCAGAAACUGGGCUCCCUUCAGCAGAUCUUCCUGGACUCGGCCGGGAGCCUCCAGGAGCACUUCAACAGCAAGGCAGAGGAGUUCAAGAAGCAGAUGGACCAGACCACCCAGGAGAUCCACAGCACCCUCCAGGGGAAGGCGGAGGAACUGCGCAGCUGGUUCGAGCCCUACACCCAGAGCCUGAGGGAUCAGUUCAACGCCAUGAUCGAGAAGAUCAAGCAGAACGGCCAGGUCUAGAACCUGGGAACCCGCUCUAGAUGACCUUACAGGUUUUCAGUAUUGGGCUCAAUGUAGCUUCAGUUACAAAACAAAGUCCAUGUUUUUUUUCCACCACUGUUGUCCUUUCCAUCACAUUAGCAUGGUGCAAUACCCUCUCUACUGUCUCUCCCAUCAUCAGCUUUUCUGUACACAACCCAGUAUUCAAAUACACCGUCAGUAUUUACUCCAAGUCACUCCUUUUAAAACUUAAUAAUGUGCCCCCUUCGGACUGACCCUCCUAGGUCAGGCUGUGUGUUGUGUGGAGAUGCUGCAUUCUAACACAGCCCCUGUCUGUCUGUCUGUCUGUCUGCCUGUCCGUCCCGCAGUGCACAAUAUGGUGCCCACACUUUGUACUGUUUUCAUGAAGCCAGAAUGAUUUUUUUCAGCAUUCUUCGAUAUCUUGUGCUGUUAAGUAAAAGUUUUUGCUCCUUUUUGCUAAAUCUACUGAACUACGUGUGAGAAAUAAAAACCAAACCAAAUAAAAGGUGACUCAUUACUGGUGA